GUCCGACCCUCCUUCGCGCAUCUCCUGCUCCACGCUGCGUAACCAGCAGCACCUCGGCGAGGAUGGACGGACGGACGGACAGACGCACGGAUGUGGAUAGAUGUUGCCCUUUAACCGAGCGCGCAGAUCGAGACCACUUCGAGUGACUUCUUUGAUUACUUCCAGAGAUUUCUGACGACUCUCGGAUUACCUUUAACAAAGCAAGAAGGAGAUUUAUUUCAUUUUUUUUGUUUGUUUGUUUGUUUUGUUUCGCGUGCGUCUGAGGAGAGAGAAGAGAGGAAGGAAAGAAAGAAAGGGAAGCUCCGGCUUGCUGAGAAAGGCUGGGUGCGCUGGAAAGACGGAAAGUCACGGAUCAUGCUUAUGGGAACUUCCGAUUCCGUCUCGAUAAGAGUGGCUCUGCCUGAUGCUCUAUCAUGACUGAUGGCGAGGGGAGAGCGCGCUUUCAGUACGCCGAGUGCCAGGAGCAGGAGGAGGAGGUGCAGGAGGAGGUGAGGCUUGCCAUACCGACGCCCUACAGGAAUGACGGCCCGGGUCGUGACACUGACCCAGGAGGAAGCCCGGAAGAAGAGGAGGAGGAAGAGGAGGAGAAGGUGGAGAGGAGGAGAAGGGGGAGGAGGCGCAGGAGGAGGAGAAGCAGCGGCGGUCGAGGAGAAGCGGGAGAUGAAUGGAGUCCUGAAGUUCAGCCUCAUGAAGAUGAGGAACCGGAGCUGGAGGUGGAAGUCGGACCGACGCUGGGAGUUCGCAUCACGGCUCCUAUCCGCGAUCCAGACUGCGUCUCCGAGGAGGAGGAGCAGCAGCCGUACCCGGCCCUGGCCCCCGUGGCCUUCUUCUGCUUAAAGCAAACAACGAGGCCUCGCAACUGGUGUCUUCGCAUAGUCUGCAACCCAUAUCCUUUCACAUGCUGGAGACCCGGCAGCUGGUAA